AUGACGACGAUGGAGCUGAGCGAAGUGGACAAGCUUCUGGCAGAAGACAGUGAUGGCGAUGACAUGAUGGACGUGAACGAGCUGGAAGCCACUCUGACCUUGGAGGAGAUCCUCAAUGAAGACAUGGAGCAGGCUGCAUCGUUGCCACCGUCGACUGUUGCUGGGGCUGUCGCCGUCCCGAUGGAAAAUCCACUGCUGCAUCGGACGUCGUCUCGCGCGCGGUUGUCGAUCCAAAAACUCUCGGCGAGCGCAUCUGCGAUCGUUGCGUCCAAAGCCCCGCUCGACGUGGCCAAAGCGUUGGAAGAGCUGCUGCUGGAGCCUCCCCGAGAGAUGCUCGUGAGUCCCCUUGCCGUGAAGCGGCGCAUGCGAUCGAACCAGCAUUACUCGUCCGCGCAACAGCGAAAGAAAGACAAGGCGCAUCAUCAAGGUGCAAGCGCGGGCGUGGUCAAGGUGGAACCGAUGCAAAUCAUCUCCAAGCAGCUAGUGAAGAACGCCGAGUUCCGCGACAACGGCCCCGGCAGUCCCACCGUGGUGGCGAUUCAUCCCAAGUUCAUCGCCAUCGGCACGAGCAAGAGUCUCGUGCUCGUGUUCGACCAUUUUCAGAACAUCCGCCACGUCCUUCGCAACACCGCAUCCUUCCACGAAGGCAGCAGCGAGCCGUACAGUGAUGGCCCCGUGACCGCCAUCGACGUGUCGCCAGGCAGCGACUUCUUGGUCUGCGGGUACCACAGCGGGCGGAUCGUGCUGUGGGACAUGCUCAAGGGCACGGCGCUCAAGGUCGUGUCGGACGCACACGAGUGUCCGGUGGUGUCGCUUCUGUUUCUCAAAGAUCAAAAGCCAUGCAUCUUGUCUGUCGAUGCCAAUGGGAUUGCAAACAAGGUCAACUUUAGCAAAAUGAUGGGGUACGUGUACGUGGUGGACGUGGACCCGAUCUACGACGGGUCGGCCGGCAAGAUCCUUAGCGUGGCCAUCCUCGCGCAGAGUGCUGGGCACAUGAAGAUCGCGCACAUCACGGAAGUGUACAGCAUCGCCGCGAUUUCCACAGACAAAGUAACGUUUUUGGUCGCGAUUGAGCCCGAAGUCAAGGUGUUGCAUCGAUGGUUCAAGCCAGAAGGCGUGACGGUGGACAACUUGCCAUCGCUUGGGUUUGCAUGGGUCGCGCUCCCCGGCAGCUCCCGCCACGACCCUCCCACGCCGAUCCUUGCGCGCGGAUGGGGCCGGCACAUCCAGUUCCUUGAAGUGCUGUUUUGUCCGCGCCAUGUGCAUGCCAAGGAUGGAUGGCCGACGUUUGCCGAGACGUCGCCGGUGGACACGACCGCGGACGUGGUCGCUACCCAAUGGCUCGGGGAUCACGUCAUCAUGUACCUCAACUUCCACGACGAGCUGUGUGUGUACGACACGAUGAGUCGCCAGGAGCUGGAAACUAUCGACGUGAGCAGCAUGGGUCUUGUGUAUGCUUCAUAUCGUGGGAACAAUGGCCGCAGUUUUGCCAACAGUUUUCGAGCCUGUAACGACAUGUUGUACUUGCUCGGGUUGAAAGAACUGCACACGGCGCGCGUACAGCCAUGGACGCAGCGCAUCGACACGCUGAUUGAGGACGGCGAGUGGCUCGAAGGGUUGGGGCUCGCCCUGGACCAUUACGAAGGGCUGCUUAAAGCCGCGCAGACCCGCGCCGAACGCGAUCGGUUUCCCCCAGUGUUCUUUACUGACCGCAACAAGGAUCAAUGUGUGGUGGAUAUCUUCAAAAUGUCUCAGACCAACCAGCGCACUGGCGACAAGGAAGAUGUGUUUCGACACGAAGACCAUGCCAACGAAGACCCUCGAUGGUGUGUGGGCGAAUCGACAUACCCCGCAGACGUAUCCAAGCGAUUGGAAGCCGCGUUCCAAACGGCGCGGUCAGGUGCCCCGCCCAAGAACUUUGUGCCGAUCGGUGUCGCAGAUCGCAUGGCGGACCUGCUCAUGGACUACGUCCGCCUCGCGAUGGGUCACGCGCCGUCGGCGUCGCUCAACUUGUCGCAUUUUCAAAUGCUGGCGGGGGUCGCGAUCGAGUAUUGCGCGUCGACUAACCGGACGGACCUGCUGUUUGCCGAGAUCUUCAAGCGGUUCCAAGAAGCUGAUAAGGCUGACAUUUUUGUCAGUUUACUGGCGCCGUACAUUUUGCACGACCAGCUGCACGUGCUCAGUGCCGACGUCUUGGAUGUAUUUGUAUCGCAUUGCUUGGCCACCAACCAAAUGGACACGGUAUGUGUCCAUGAUUGUAUGACCUACCUACUGUACCUCCACGCAGUCGUGGCUUGUUUGUAUGAGCUCGUGGCUUGUUUGUAUGAGCGUUUUGAUGGAUUGUAUAUAUAUAUAUACCUAGCCCUUUUAGCCAACAUAAUUGUGUGCGGAGUCGUCAACGCCAUCAAUCGAUUGUUGAUCUAUAUUUACCGUUAUUUCCAAACGUGUUUUGGUGAUUCAGGCGACGUUGGUACGAAUCGAUAUGUGUAUGCGACGACGCCGUUGCAGUGCCCUCCGCGGCUGCAAAUGGUGCUAAGUCUGGCCGAAGUGCUCGUGGGCGACCCCAACGCCUCUGCUGGUCCCAGUCCGUCUCCCACCACUCGGUUCUUUUCGAGUGCCGACCAAGGCCACUUUUACAUGUUUGAAGCGCGGUUGUUCAGUGGAGGCGCCAUCGACGCCCAAGCGUACGCGACGGCCCGCAGCGCUUCGAGCACCCAGUACAUGAUGAAUUCGCUGCUGACGUUUCUGGCCACGGGGCCGCAGGCACUUGGGCCGGUGGGGGUGUCGUCGUUUGAAGAGGAUGGCUUUGACAAGGCCGGCCGCCAAGCCAUGCUGGUGCGGCUGCUGCAAAAGCUGUCGAAAGACUCGUACGAUCAACCCACUCUGCUCAAGUCUGUGCUCCGUGAGGGCAUGCAUCGCGCGGCGGUGCUGCUGCACAAAGAUCGCAACGAGUUUACUGAAACAAUCACCGCGUACUUGGCCGACACGGACCGCGAGUACAAGAUGGGUGCAUUUUCAUACAUUCGCAACGAAAAGGACAAAGUGUCGGGGGGGGUCGACGGCGACCCAUCCGGUAUCACCGCCACGACGUCCAGCCAUAUUAGCAGCGCCCACAAUCCAUUGGACACCAUCGAGGCGGGGCUAAUCAACCACGCGGGGGGGCUCCUGGAUGUGGACGCGACGGCAUUUGUGGUGCUCAUUCUCGAGAACUUUGCCUCGUUAAACAACCGAAUCAUUCAAAAGUUUGUCCAAGUCGGAGGCAACCUCGGCGCCAAGUGGGAGUACAAUUACUUGAGUCAGAUCCUGGGCACCGGCACCGAAGGAACCGCGGGCGACGACGUCGACAUGAUCAAGGACCUGACCGACAAGAACGGGUUGCGGAUGGCCGACGACGCCGCCGUCCAAGAACGAUACAUCCGACUAUUGUGUGAAUUCAACCCCCUUCAAGUGUUUCCGUACUUGGCCGCCCAUCAAGCGUACCGCGUGGACUCGUGCUUGAAAUUGUGCAAAGUGGAAAAAGCGCUGCUGCACAUGCACGUGAACGAGCUCGACUUUGACGGGGUCGUGUCCGUAUGCCACACGCAUCGCUUGUACACGGCGCUCAUUUACAUGUACAACGAAGCGCGGUCAGAUUUUACGACGCCAGUGGAGGUGCUGUUGGCGGCAUCGAGCGGCGGGGCGGACGACGACCAAGAAGGCGGCCGCGCCAAGCGCAAAUGGGCGUACAAGCUGCUUUUGUACUUGAGCUACUGCUUUGACGGGCGUUCGUUUCCGAAUCGGCGGCCCGUGUCGGUCAAGCGCAUGCAGACCAUGGUCGCGACGCUGUCGCAGUUUUUGUUUGAAAAGUAUCCGAACGACGACAAGACGACUCCGUACCCGCGGUUGAUUCCGCUGCUCCAGCUAGACGCCAAAGUAUUUCUGGAUAUGAUUGCCCGCCUCUUUGACGCGCCUAACGUCGAGUUUGAAGGCGAAACGGUCUCGACCAACACGUCCAGGUAUGCGACGACGCCGUUGCAGUGCCCGCCGCGGCUGCAAAUGGUGCUAAGUCUGGCCGAAGUGCUCGUGGGCGACCCCAACGCCUCUGCUGGUCCCAGUCCGUCUCCCACCACUCGGUUCUUUUCGAGUGCCGACCAAGGCCACUUUUACAUGUUUGAAGCGCGGUUGUUCAGUGGAGGCGCCAUCGACGCCCAAGCGUACGCGACGGCCCGCAGCGCUUCGAGCACCCAGUACAUGAUGAAUUCGCUGCUGACGUUUCUGGCCACGGGGCCGCAGGCACUUGGGCCGGUGGGGGUGUCGUCGUUUGAAGAGGAUGGCUUUGACAAGGCCGGCCGCCAAGCCAUGCUGGUGCGGCUGCUGCAAAAGCUGUCGAAAGACUCGUACGAUCAACCCACUCUGCUCAAGUCUAUGGCCGACGACGCCGCCGUCCAAGAACGAUACAUCCGACUAUUGUGUGAAUUCAACCCCCUUCAAGUGUUUCCGUACUUGGCCGCCCAUCAAGCGUACCGCGUGGACUCGUGCUUGAAAUUGUGCAAAGAAUACAACAUUACCGACGCUGAGGCGUACUUGCUGGAACGCACGGGCGAUGUCACAGGCGCGCUGAGUCUGAUUUUAACGAGUUUGGAAAAGAAAAUCGGGCUACUUCGGCCGGCACUGCGUGGGUUUAACCUGAAUCCAGAGCUGAGCGUUUCGACCAUGCAGUACGAGAGCAGCAUCCUGCAAAGCCUCGCGGAGGGUCAAGAAGUCAAGUCGACGCUGGACGUGGCCAUCGCCAUGUGCGAGCGCCACUCGGCACGGCACCAUGAUGAUCAGAGCGAAAAGCUCUGGUUUACGCUGUUGGAUAUGUGCCUCAAGGUGCAAAAUAACAUCAAAAAGCAAUUGCAGGCCAAGACCAAAGGCCGGACGGCCACGACCACGACCACGCGUGGUGUCCAAACUGUGUUUCAGAUUGCCGUCAAUGAAAUGAUUGCCAUGAUCCUCGAACGCAUGAGUUCGUGUGUAUCGCUGCAGUCGAUUCUGUUUAAAAUCACCAACGAGCACGGCAAAGACGAGUUUGGCGACUUUCGACCGACGAUCUUUGGCAUGCUGGACACGUACAACUACGAGCACAACAUUUACAAGACGGCCAACGGCAUGAUUCGCACCGACUUGCACGACCAAGUGAUGGUACUUCGCCGCGCCCAAGCCAAGUGCAUUGCGCCUGCGUCUAUCGAGUGUUUUUACUGCCACGGCGUGCUAAGUAAACCGCCAUUUGGAAUGAGUCAGCAGUACAAUACCAACGACAAAUGGAACCGCCAUACGUCCACGGUGCUGGUCAUGGCCACGGGCAAGACAUUCCAUGAAGCGUGUGGAAAAAUGUGGCAGCAAGGGUUGCACACAGACAAGGCACGCGCUGACCACACCCGCCGUCGAUUGAGUGAAGUAGGCCAAGACGGCGAUGCGAAUGGCACCGGCACCACCGACGACUUGGAUCUGGAGAAGAUCAAAACUAACAAGCAAGGCAGUACCCGGCGGUACUUGCUGCGCUUGAAAAAGAUGCGCAAACAGUCGGGCCGCCUCACGUCCAUGCACCACGUCCUCGACAGCCUGGCGCGGUCUGAAUUUGCGAAAAAUAAACUGCUGCGGGGCAACAUGGCUACGUUUUCGCUCAAACCGGGCGCAUACCCCAAGGCUACGCGCGUGGGUACCCGCCAGCCCAACCAAUUGCCGGCCAAAGCCAACCACAAGGGUGCCAUCUAG